CCUAAUAUGAAAGCUUUCAGUGUUUGCUGAAGUCUCUCUGUCAGAGCAUUUCAGUAAUAAUGACAGAGUGGGAGGGCCACUCGGUGCAACUAAUAAGGACUGCGAUCCAGCAGGCGAUCCACACACACACCACACCACACUGACUUUUAUUUCCAAGUCCUGGAAUCCGGAAUCACAUCUGAUCGUAAUCACACAUGGAUUCUACUUCUCUUUUCGCGGCUUUUUCUUUGUUUCUGCCUUAAGAGGGAAAACUUUCUCACUCAACUGUUUUCAAGUGGGACUGCUUUCUGGUGUCAGAGCCAUGAUUUGCUUGUUAAGAUGGACUGCUUUCCUUUGGACUGUAAAUUUCAUUCCUUGCACUUUUGGAAUGGCAGUGAGUGAGCGAACAGAUGGCUCAUGUCCCCCUCUGAGCGUAGAGGACUACAGGUUUUCUGACGUCUUAGAUCGUCCCCUGGAAAUCACAGGAUUUGAUCUCACAGAAAAGUUUCUUCUCCGAAAGGGAACGAUCACAGAGGACCUGCCGUCAUAUCGUUUAGGAAGCAGUCCGCUCAUUAAGCCAACGAAAGAAAUAUUUCCAAAUGGGCUUUCAAGUGAAUACUCCCUUGUCACCAUCCUCCGGGUAAGAAGAACUACAAAAAAAGACCGCUGGUAUCUUUGGCAGAUAUUCGACCAUUCGGGAGGCAGUCAGGUGUCAGUCGUGGUUGACGGUGGCAAGAAGGUGGUGGAGUUUUCCUCCCAGGGCCAGCUAAAGAUCGCUCUCCGCUACACAUUUAAGAGUCGUGACCUACAUGCCCUUUUUGAUCGCCAGUGGCACAAGCUGAGCAUUUCUGUACAGAGCAACAUGGUCUCCAUUUACAUAGACUGCAAGCUAAUAGAAAGGAGACUGACUGAUGAGAAGGACAGCGUUGACCCCAGUGGGCGCACUCUCAUCACUACACGAGUGGAGGAUGGACGACCUGUAGAUAUUGAAGUGAAACAAAUUCUAAUCUACUGUGACCCUUAUAUGGCCGAAAUGGAAACUUGCUGUGAUCUACAGGAGCCAAAGUGUGAAGCCAAGAAGACCUUUAAUGGGACUUCCCCUCCCCUGGUUACAGCCCAGCUUCCCAAGAUGCUGUCUCAUAUGGCCGUACAGUCCAAUGACAGAUGUCACUGUCCAACUGAAAAGGGAGAUGCUGGUCUUCCAGGUGAAGAUGGACUGCUAGGACAAAAAGGGGAUACAGGAGACAAGGGGGACACUGGGGAUGCCGGGCCUUCUGGAAACCCAGGACAUAAGGGGGAACUUGGAUCAGAAGGGCAAAAGGGAAUCGAUGGGGAGAAGGGUCUGAAAGGUGACUCUGGGCCAGUUGGUCCAGUUGGUCCCAAAGGAAACAAAGGUGAUGAAGGUCUGCCUGGAACUCCGGGGCUGCCUGCUGACAAAGAAUGUCUCAAAGGAGAUCAGGGCCCUCCAGGUGACAAAGGAGAGAAGGGAUUGGCGGGGGUGCCGGGUCAGCCAGGAGAGCCAGGCAAAGAGGGCAAAAGGGGACGGAGAGGAAAGACUGGGGAGCCUGGACUCAGAGGCCUGCCUGUGGAGAGGGGUGAGUCUGCAGUCCCGGAGGGGAAAGGGGACAAAGGAGAGCGAGGAGACUCUGGUCAGCCAGGUGCCGAAGGGGCUGGCGGGAUGAAGGGACAAAAAGGUGAUGUUGGCCCUCCUGGUCCUCCUGGUCCCGUGGUGACAGCUCAAGGAUUAAGACUGCUCUCUGGAACAGAUGAAAUGACGGAGAAGACCCAAAAGGGAGAAAAGGGAGAUGAGGGGGAGAGAGGAACUCAAGGAGCGCAAGGCUUCAAGGGAUACAUCGGGCCGUCAGGACUCAAGGGAGAUCAAGGACCAGAGGGCAAGCAAGGCCUGCCUGGACCCACUGGACUCCCAGGACUCCCAGGCGAGCCAGGCUCGCCAGGGGAGUCAGGGGUGCUUGGGAGAGAUGGCCUAAAAGGAGAAAAGGGGGACUCUGGUGGAGCGAUGGGACCACCGGGACCUAAGGGUGAGCCUGGAGGUGGAUAUAUGGGCGAUGGGUUGUCUCUAAGCAGAGGGUCUCGUGGGCCCAAGGGUGAGAGAGGUGUCCCGGGAUUGCCAGGAGACCACGGUGACAAAGGCGAAUCUGGAGAGAGCAUCAUAGGCUCGCCUGGCCGCAUGGGACCCCAAGGAAAGUCGGGAACGGAGGGCCCUCGUGGACACCCAGGUUUAUCGGGCCCUCCUGGAUCUUCUGGAAGAGAGGGCUCCCCUGGUAGGCCAGGCCCCCCGGGUCCUGCUGGACCCCCAGGUGAACCAACUGCCCUGCCAAUUGUUGGAGACAUGGGUGCAUUACUCAAGAACGCCUGCAGUGUGUGCCAGACGAGAGCCCCGGGGCUUCCUGGGCAGAAGGGAGAGAAGGGGUCCUAUGGAGAGCAAGGAGUAGAAGGCCUGGUGGGAGAAAAGGGGGAUCCAGGUGUAAGAGGUCCCAUGGGUAACCCUGGGAAAGAAGGCCCAAAGGGAGUAAAAGGAGAGAGAGGGUUCCCAGGCCCCACUGGAGAUAAAGGUGACGAGGGGACUUCAGGAGUACCGGGACUUCCUGGUGUGACCGGUCGUACGGGGGCCCCGGGGCUUUUGGGUAGACCUGGUCCGAUGGGUCAACAAGGAGGAAAAGGAGACAGAGGAGGGGAAGGACCCCCGGGCAGACAAGGGCUUCCAGGGCCUCCGGGUGUACCCAGUGUGGAGGGCAACGGGAUGAGCAGUCUGUACAAGCUGCAGAGUGGCGGAGCUAUUUUAGGACCCCCUGGAGCUCCCGGUGCUCCGGGUCUCAAAGGAGAUGAAGGACUUGCGGGGGAAACGGGGGCCAUGGGAUUACCCGGGCUCGAAGGGCUCCCCGGCUACAAGGGUGAUAUUGGUUUGCCUGGUCCACCUGGGAUGUUAGGUCCUCCAGGGAAGCCCGGCGCUCGCGGAGAGCUAGGGAUCCCAGGAGAGCCGGGUGAGAGGGGGCCGCUCGGAGAGACAGGAUUCCCAGGGCCCGAGGGACCCCAAGGUGUUGCUGGGAGACCUGGAAAAGAUGGAACUGCGGGAUACAAGGGAUCUACGGGAACAUCGGGGGACAGAGGAUCCAAAGGAGAACGUGGUGAUCCAGGGAUUCCUGGAGAAAGAGGUGUUCAAGGCGAGAGGGGUCGCGCAGGUGACUCUGGCCCGAAUGGACAGAUCGGACUACCAGGUCAAAAAGGAGAUACCGGCGCUCCAGGACAUUUGGAGAAGGCAAACCUCUUGGGGGAUCCCGGCUUCAUGGAAGAACUCAAAAUGUUCAUCAGAACUGAAGUAUUGAGGGUCUUCGAAGAGAAGCUGUCAAGCGCCGCCUUGCUGCAGAAGACACAUGCAGGGAUCUUAGCUUCACAAAUCCACGCGCCUCCAGGACCUCCUGGAAAGGACGGAUUACCAGGACCGCCAGGAGAGCCCGGACCUCCUGGUCCUCAUGGGUACAGGGGUCAGAAAGGAGAACGAGGUCAGCUUGGUCUGGGGUUACCAGGAGAUACGGGAUCCACGGGGGCACCAGGCCCUCCUGGGAUCACUACUCAGGGCCCUUCUGGCUCUCCGGGGCCCCGUGGACCUCCUGGGAAUUGUGACCCCGGUGACUGUCUCCUUCCGUCCCUGUGAACCCGGUUCAAAUAGCGGGCUGGUUGGAAUACAGACGUCCAGCUCCGAGCUCAGGACGGCCUCGCUGUAUGUAACAGCUUCCUCAGCUCUGGUUUAUCGGACAGACUCACAACUGACCUCUUUUGUUCACUUUAAAAUAACAUUUUGAUGCAGUCAGGAUUUUUUUCUUUUUGGGGGUUGGUUUGAAUGGAAUAGAAAACCUUUGAGGGUUUUUUUGUUUUUGUUUUUUUGUUUUUGCAAUGCUGUACUUUCAAGGUUUUUCUUGUGUUCACAUCCCCUACUGUGAUGUAAUGCAUUCCUUGUUAACUCUCAUUAUGUCUUUCAAGACCAUGAAAUGACUUUGUUUCAUCAAGUUCAGUCCUGUGUGAAAACAUGAUCUUAAUUAUUUGUUUGCCUCCUUAAUGGGCAUGCCUAUUCACUCUUCUGUUCUUAUUCAGAUAAGCCAACGUGCUGGCAGAAGGUACAUCUCACAUUAGUGUGUGUAGGUGUGUGUGUGUGUGUGUGUGUGAGUGUGAGAGAGAGAUUAGCUGAAUGAAUAUUCUUGUUUUAUGACAACUGAAUGAAACUUAUGCAACCAAAGUGCAGCAGAUAUGUCUGAUAUGGAAAUUAUUUAUUUGAAGCGUGUUCUUCAAGAAUGUAUUUAAAGACGGCGAUAAUAAUGGUAAUAAAUGUAGCAUGGA